CAGGGGUUUUGGGGUGAUCCUGGACCAUGUGGGGAGAUGAGCACCCAGGCACCACCACCUAUUUGCCUCCCCAUGGAUUCCAGGCUUUCCGUGGCUGAUUCCAGGCUGAAUCCAUGGUUGGUUCCAAGUCAAAUCCAUGGCUGAUUCCAGGCUGAAUCCAUGGCUGGUUCCAGGCUUCCCAUGGAUUCCAGGCUGAAUCCAUGGCUGGUUCCAGGCUGAAUCCAUGGCUGAUUCCAGGCUGAAUCCAUGGCUGGUCCCAGGCUGGUUUCACCUGCUGGGAGGCUCGUGCUGACCCCCCCGCUCAGCUCUAAGCUUUGGGCUGCCAUGGGGGGGUCCCUCAGCACUGUCCCUGCCCCCUCAGGCAGCGAUGUCGCAGUGCACGGAGCUGGAAUGGGCCGUCCAGGUGCUGGUGAACAACUUUGACAAGUACUCGAGCCGCUGCUGCUGCUGCAAGAAGCCGCGGCGCAUCAGCAAGAAGGAUUUCCGCAAGAUGCUGAGCCGGGAGCUCAACCACAUGCUGACGGACACCGGGAACCGCCGCGCAGCCGACAAGCUCAUCUGCGACCUGGACGAGAACAAGGACGGGCGCAUCAGCUUCGACGAGUACUGGACCUUGAUAGGCGGCAUCGCCAGCCCCAUCGCCCAGAUCAUCCGCCAGCAGGAGCAGAGCAUCAAAUUCACCAAGUAGCCGCUGCACAGGACCCUCCUGGACCCCCCUGCUUCUCCACGACCCCCCCCGCUUUGUGCCCUCCCCGAGCCCCAGCUCGCCCCGGGCCACCUCGGCUCCCCAGGGCUCUGCCGACCGAGCCGUGCCGGGCUGUGACGGAGGCGGGACGACCCUGUGGGUGGGAUUUGGGGACGCGAGGCUCCUCCUCGCCGUGCCUGCCCUGCCCUCCUCCCCUUCCACGAGCCCUGUCGGGCGAGAAGCAAAGGAAGAGGUUUCCCCUCAUGUGGGACCCGAGUUCUGCCUGUUCUCAGAGCUCCGCUGGCAGAACCCCCGUCACAGCCGGGACCCCCCUCUCCCCUUGCAGCUCCCCCUCAGAGCGGGGGGUCUUCCUGGGCAAAGGGGGCCUUUCCCCGUGCCCGGGCUGGUGGAGGGAGUGCCCCGGCCGGCGCUCGGGGCUCGGCGCGGCCCCCUCGGGUGACACCCCCGUGGUUAUUUAUUGCGGCAAUAAAAUCCGGAGGAGCAGCGGGUGACGCUGA